UACUCGCAUGGGAAUGCCGCUGAUUUGGGUCAGAUGUUCGAGCUCUUUGUCGAAUUGAGCAAUAGGCUUCGUCUUAAUGUGAUGGGAUUGGAAGAACUAGGAUAAUAUUUCUUGGGUGAUUCGUGGAUAGAUGCUUCUGAAAAAACGAAGUAGCUUGAUUGCUUCGUGUUGAAAUUUCUCUCUUUAAUGAUGUCUUGAAUAUCAUACUGUGCUCGAACGGCCUUGGAAAAGCGUACAUCCCGUAAUUACGCUUGGAUUUAUCGGUUUCUCCACUUUAUUUUUUGGAUGACGGGUUCCUCCAGCUUGUAACGGAAGUAUUAUGUGGCUUGAGUUCGAAAUAACGUGUUUGAUUUCUCUGCUAAUGAAAGAAGUAGGAUGAAGGUUUCUAGGAUCCUCAGAUAAAUAAUAAACUGGGGCAAUAUUGUGAAAGAUUGAAGUAUUUACUGUCUCCGUGUUGCUGGUACAGAUAAUUACAGAAGCUAUGAACUGUGUGAAAGUCAAGGAUUACCUCGUCUACUUGAACUUGGGUCUGACAUUGGAAGUUCAGUUGCCUUCUUAUGAACAGAUCGUGGAAUCUUACUUGCUAGGAGCGUUGGGCUGCUUCUGUUUAGAUAGUGUAACUGUUGGUAUUGGUAGAUCAUUUUGGUUUCCCUUCGCAUGAAGUUUGGGCUGUUGGAUUAAAUGAAUAUGCAAGGAAAGAGUCCAGCUGGUGCUUCUUUGAUUUGCUUAUAUUUUGCUAUGUUAUUAACUUCUUGUUUAGAUAUUUUUUGCUGUUAAGGUUAGUAGUUGAUGGGUUUAUAGGUGCUCUCAUUACAUGAAAUUAACUAGUUGAACAUCCUAUAUUGUUAUAUGGUAUGGAAGAUCGAGGUUGUUCAUUAAUUGUCAAGUGUAUAUGUCAUUAUAUUUCUAUUAUGUUUCACUAAAUCUGAAAACAAAGAAAUGGAUAAAUUUGUAAAGGAGAUGGGACAAAUUUGGGCUAUGGUUACUAGAGGAGAGACGAAGUUGACAAAAAUGACCAUUUUAGUGGCGUGCUAUUUUAGCAAUAUCAUGGAUAGUUUUGUGUGUGUUUUCAUGUUUUAAUAGAACAUCCUUGCAAGCAUUUCUAGUAUCAAUUUGGUUUAUGGGAUUUAAUUUUUUUAGCCCCAUAAACCGACAGGUCAGAUUUAAGCAAUUGCUUUCAACGGCAUUUUAAAGAAGUUCUUUUGAAUGGCCAAACCAAUCUGCUGAAGAGAUGGCUUUUUAGGACUAAUUUGAUGUGUCAAGCAAAAUUUUCCCUUGACAGGCUACUUUGUCAUAUUAAAAUAAUCAGUGCAUGCCCUUGAAAGCCUGGUUAAUUUAGAGCCAAUAACAAAUUGAUAUACAAUAUGUCAUUAAGGAUAAGUUUGUGCUUUGUUUGUUUCAACAGAACCCCUUUUUCCUAAUCGUUGAUCUUGAUGGAAUCCCCUUUUUUCGUGUAGACUGUAUAUGUAUGUUGAAGUGGCCAUUUGAAUUUAGUACUUGAACAAGUAAGAAGAUUACUCUUGGGGGUAUACUUCAAUUCAACCACACACGUUUUCUUUUCUGAUGUGACAAAUUCAGUGGUCUAUCUUGCAUGUUAACAGAAAAAAGUGGUUCUGUUUCAAGGCAGGACUGUGAACAGAUGGAUUAUUUUAACGAAAACAAUAAAAUUUUAACCUCAAAAAUAUCUUUCUAUGUUGAAAAUGCAUAAUCUGUGACAAUUUAUCAUUGUAUGCAAUGCAUGAUAAUAAUUACUGCUGUGAUCCUCUACAUCAAACCAUUUAACUAUGCUUAAACUUGUAUAUCAAACCUCAGAAAAUGAUAGGAAAAAUUUAUGGGUUACUACUUCGUAUCCCAACUGAGCAUGCAACUUCACAUGCAGUCAUGAUUAAUAAGUGAUUCUGGGUGCCCUAGAUACUGCAGGCGCUAAGCCUUCAGGGGUAUUAUUUACUAAUCUUUUAUUGGAUGACAGUAGUAAUUUACUUACCAAGUACCCAAAGCCCCCUCCCUUUCCCUCCUGCGUUUAUCCAAACAGGGCCUGAAUGCAUGUAUCAUGAGUAUAUCGACUUUGAUCUGUAUAUUUGUGACAUUGCAUACUCUUGUCUGUGAUAUCAAUUGUAGGGAGCAACUUUAAAGCUUGCAAAUUUUAUUCUUGUUUUGCUCAUUUUCCAUCCUCUUUAAGUCAUUUUAUUUAGAUUUGGAGGACCUAGUUUAAUGCUCCAAAAUAUGUAUUUGUCUACAAUUUCUUUAAAUAAUAACAUUGGGAAGCUUAAAUUAGACUAACCUCUUAAAGUUUUGCUGGAUUUCUCAUGAUACCCCUUUUGCUUUAAAAACUAGAAUAAACUUCCAAGUCAUGUUUUGUCAGUAAAGUUAACUCUCUGUACAAUAUACAUUUUUGCCAAAAAUAAAAUUACUCGAAUGUUUUUACUAUCAUAUUAAGGAUAAAAUCAUAGUCCCCUGUUAGAGCUUAACAGCAAUUUUUCUGUCUUUAUGAUCAUAUUAAAAAUAAAAUCACAGUCCCGUUAUGCAAAAAGUAAACAUUUCUCAACAAAAAAUACAUUGGAGGGCAGUUUUCUGCAAAAUAUGACAAAAUGUCAGGAGUACCAAAGGUAACUUGUCUAACAAAAGGGGCAUUAAGGGUAACCAAACUUCAGAGGUUGGUUAAUUUACUUGGUUGGAAAAGAUGUUCUCAUGUGGCAUCCUUGUAUUUUAAAUGAGAAAUACAUUUGGCGAUUUAUUUUCAAAGGCCAUUUUUUAGAUGUAUCAUAUAUUCUGAAGCACCAUAUAAUCACUAGUGCCAAUUUUUCCUUCCCUUUAGAGUAUUUACUAUUCUUCCUAUUGCUAUUUCUGCAGUUACGAUUACUCUGGCUAUGGACAGUCAACAGGAAAGAUAUUGAUGCUGCUUAUAAAUGCUUAAAAGAGAAAUAUGGUGUGAAAGAUGAACAGUUGAUAUUGUAUGGUCAAUCUGUUGGGAGUGGUCCCACAGUUGAUCUUGCUUCACGGUUACCCGGGCUGAGGGGUGUUGUCUUGCACAGUCCAAUUUUGUCUGGGCUGAGGGUACUGUAUCCUGUAAAACGAACGUACUGGUUCGAUAUUUACAAGAAUAUUGACAAAAUUGGCAUGGUGAACUGUCCUGUUUUGGUUAUACAUGGGACAACAGAUGAAGUUGUGGAUUGUUCCCAUGGGAAGCAGCUUUGGGAGCUUUGCAAGGAAAAGUAUGAACCCUUAUGGGUAAGUGGUGGGGGACAUUGUAAUCUAGAGCUUUACCCGGAAUUCAUUAAACAUCUAAAGAAAUUUGUACAGACAAUAAGCAAUUCUAAAUCAGCCGCAAAUGGUUCUCAGAAAGAUACAGCAGAAAAAACUGAGAAUCAAAGCAAAGCUGCCAAAGAUUCUGAAGGUGGAACUUCAGACACAAUUGAACUGGCAGUUGAUCUUCCAGAAGCUUCUCGAAACAGUUUAGAUAGCAGUCUUGAGAAGUCUAAAAUAUCAAACAAACCAGAAAAAUCUCGAAUGAGCACUGACCAUGUUGAUAGGUUUAGGAGGAAAAAAGGCCUAAUUUGGUAGUUUCUUAUACAAACCAUAUCCAGAAUAAAUUAUCUACAAGUAAUACUUGGCAGGUAUUCUAAUUCCCCCGUCCUCGAGGAAUCAUAUACCAAUUCUAAAUGAAUAUAUCGAGUGAGAUUUCAAUGUUAUUUUUCUCCUGCUUUAGGUCCAUAAUCCUGCUGUAUGUAUGUUAAAUGAUUGAGUAAUGUGUAUCUGUAUGUUCUGUAAUACCAACGGCUUGAUCUAAAUGCAAUUAUCAAGUUCAAUUUGUUCUGUAAAUUUUAAAAUUGUCUCAUGUAUAUUUUCUGGAGGAUUGAGUAUAAAGAAAUAGGUACCCCCGUUAGGUUCUGCGGAGGGGACAUAAGAAAUCAUCUGCUAUUCAAUUUGACUUGCUAAUGUAUUGAUGAAAUCCUUGGUUGAUAUUAAUCUUUCUUACCUAGUGUGCUCC